AUGAGGCCACCAUGGGCACUGGAGCUUCUCCUCCUCCUCUUCCUCCCAACCGUGAUAGGGGAGAGUCCCCUGGACCCCCAGCUGGUGCUGGUGGCCCCUCGGCUGGUGGCCCUGGGAAGCCCCGUGGGGCUACUGGUGACCUCUGUUGGGCCAGUAACAGGGACAGUGAUGGUGUGGCCUGGGGAGGGUGACCGUGGGGCGGGACCCUGCGGCCCUCCUGUGCCUUUCAGCCUCGGGACCCACAACGACUUCAGCCAAAUCCUGACCAUCGAGGUGCCCCUGGAUCAGGCCCAACCUUGUGGGGUGACAGAGGCUGCUGUGGGGCAGACGCUGCUGCUGGAGGCCAGGAGCCCCCCCCUGCUCUCUAAGUGGGCACGUGUGGGGCUUGGGGCGCCCCGGGGAGUUAUCCUCAUCCAGACAGACAAACCCCUCUAUGCCCCCCGGCAGACGGUGCGUUUUCGCAUCUUCUCCCUGGACCCUGACCUGCGGCCAAACUCUGAACCUGUCCUGAUCACCAUCACAAAUCCCCUAGGCGCAAGGGUGCGCGAGGGGCAGCGGGUGCCCCAUGGGCCGGUGCUGAGCGAUCAGAUGGUGCUGCCGGACAUCGCCCUCCCGGGCACGUGGCGAGUGGAAGCCCAACUGGUCACCAGUCCUGGCACGCGCGGGGCGGCCGCCUUCGACGUGCGGCCCUAUGUGCUCCCCGGUUUCUCCGUUCGCGCCGUUCCUGACCGCCCGUUUCUGCUGCUGCAGCAUGGACCCUCCCCCUCCCUGUGCCUGCGCCUGCACGCACGGUACACGGAAGGGGCACCGGUGUGGGGAUGGGCACUGCUGCGUGUGGGACUGCGGGGAGGAGCCCUGCUGCACGGGCUGGACCAGCGCACGCAGCUGACGGCGGGGGAGGCGGAGUUCAACGUCACUCUGGACGCGAUCGCCAGCGCCGUGGGCGUGUCCCAGGAGGAGCUGGCGGGGGAGAGGCUGCGGCUCAUGGUCACGGCCGUCAGCAACGAGGGGGGCUUGGCGGUGCGACAGGAGGUGGGGGUGGGGCUGGUGGCCACGCCCUGGGCCCUUGACAUCAGCCCCUCCCCCCGCUUCUUCACCCCGGGGGCUCCCUACGUCCUCCUGGGCCGUGUGCUGGAGGCCGGGGGAGCCCCCGCUGGGGGCGUGGAGGUGCGGGUGGGGGUGGGUGUGACGGGGGCUGCCCCUGUCCCCGCCAUCGUCCAGCGAGCGGAUGCACGGGGGGAGAUCAGUGUCCCCAUCAACGUCCCGCCCGGGGCCACGGGCUUGAGGCUGACCGUGAGUGGGCGCGCUGUGGAUUUCCCCCCGGCGCGGGCGGAGCUGUUGGUUCAGCCCGUGGAACCUGUCUCGGGGCGAUUCCUGCUGCUGGGGGGGCCAGGGGGGCCCUUGCACCCCGGGGAGACCCUGCACCUCACCCUGCACCCCAUGGGCCCCCCGCCCGCACCCCACACUAUUCACCUGCUGGCGGUGGCCCGGGGGCGGCUGGUGGCUGCCCAGGGGAUCCGUCAGGGGACGGUGACAGAUGUGACACUGCCUGUGACCCCCAGCAUGGUCCCACGGCUGCGCCUCAUCGCCUUCUUCCAGAGCGAUGGGGAACUGGUGACAGCAACCUGGAGUGUGCCUAUAGUAGCCACCUGCCACAGACAGGUGCGGGUGGGGGUGGGGCGGCGCAGGGUCCCUUUUCGCCCACAGGAACCUCUGACGGUGACAGUGACAUGGGAGGGGUUGGACCCCUCCACCCUGCCCCUCACUGUGGCACUUGGUGCCACCGACGCAGCUCUGACCAAGCUGGAGCCGAGGCACCGCCUAAGCCCUGCACAGGUGGAGGCAGUUUUGGGGAGCAAUGAUUUGGGGUGCGGCCCUGGGGGGGGCCCCAAUGCUGAGGGGAUGUUCAGAGGGACAGGACUGGUGCUGGGGGAUGCCAACCUCCCCCUGGACCUCUCGGCGGGGGUGGCCAGGCGCUGCUGCCGGGACGGGGCACAGCUGCUGCCGCUGCGGGUGUCAUGUGCCCAGCGGAGCCGGCGGGUGCCCGCGGCCGGCGGGUGCCGGGCGGCCCUGGAGCGCUGCUGCCGCCGUGCCCGCGCCCAGCGCCGUCGGGGCGGGCCCGGCCUGGCCAGAGUGCUGCUGGAGGAGCUGGAGGAGGAGUUGGAGGAAGGUUUGACCCCCACUAGGAGCUUCUUCCCUGAGAGCUGGAUGUGGAGGAGUCUCCCCGGGCCUGGGAGUGUCACCGUUCUCCUCCCUGACUCCAUCACCACGUGGGAGAUUGAGGCCAUCGCUGUCGUCCCUGGUCACGGGCUCUGCGUGGCCACUGCCCAGCGGGUGCCAGUGGCCCAGGAUCUGUACAUACGGCUGCAGCUGCCCCCCAGCACCCGCCCCCAUGAGCAGCUCCAGCUCCUGCCCCACAUCCACAGCCGGCUGCCCCACAGUGUCAAUGUGUCAGUGUCUGUGGCAGUGCCCGCAGGGGUGUGUGGGGGUCUGUCGGGGCCCCCUGCUGUGCUGACAGUGCCCCCUGGGGGGGCAGUGGCUGUCCCAGUGUCCCUGGUAGCCCUGCGGCCAGGCCAGCACCCACUCACCCUGCGAGCCCGCGGGCCCUGGGGGGUGGGCGACAGCAUCACCCAGCUGCUGCAUGUUGAGCCCGAGGGGGAGCUGUACCUGGAGGAGACCACAUACGUCCUGGACACUGAUGGCGAGAGUGGUCGGAGGCUGCUGAUCCCCGGGAAUGUCCCGGGGGAGGUUGUACCCAAUGGAGAGUUCAGCGUCAGCAUCCGUGUCACCGGCCGGGUGGGGAGUUGGGCGCUGCGUGGGGCGCUGGGUGUGGGGCGCACGCUGCUGAGCGGCCCGGCAGGCUGUGGUGAACAAGCGCUGCUGGCACUCGCCCCCCGCGCCGCUGCCCUGCGCUACCUGGACCUCAGCGAGGGCUGGGCAGGGCUGCCCCCCGGCACGCGGCCGCGGGCCUUGCGCGGCCUCCACAGGGGGCUGGAGCGGGUGCAGAGCUUCCGGCGGCCCGAGGGCUGCUACAGUGCGUGGCCACACCGGGGAGGGAGCACCUGGCUGACGGCGCUGGUGCUGCGGGUGCUGUCCUUGGCCCGGCCAUACCUGCCAGUGGCUGCCAAUGGCCCUGCGCUGGCCCUGCGGUGGCUCCUGCAGCAGCAGCGCUCAGAUGGGGCCUUCCAUGAGAGCCACCCUGUGCUGCACCGGGAGAUGCAGGGCUCGCUGGCAGACCCUGGCGCCGAGGCUGUGGUGGCACUGACGGCCUUUGUGGCGGUAGCCCUGCAGGGGGCACGCGUACUGCUGCCCUCUGACAGCACCGACCAUCACCUGCUGGACCGGUCCCUGUCUCUCGCCACCUCCUUCCUCUCAGCCCGUGUGGGGACGCUGGGGCCGUUCGGGAUGGCCAUCACUGCCUACGCGCUGGCACUAGGGGACAGCGGGCCCCCCGGGCCUUCCCCGGCCCUGCAGCAUCUGUACAGCCACGCACGCACCACGCAGGGUGGCCGAGCACAGUUCUGGCCAGCUGGUGGCCCUGCGGCCACCGUGGAGGCCACAGCCUAUGGACUCCUGGCGCUGCUGCAGCACCGGGACAUGGCGGGGGCCACCCGGGUGGCCCGAUGGCUACGGGAGCAGAGCAACUAUGGUGGUGGAUUCCACUCCACACAGGACACACUGGUGGCACUGGAGGCCCUGUCUCAACUGUGGCUGCAGUGGGGGGGGAUGGUGGGCACAGGACUGAGCCUGAGGCUGAGCUGGGCUGGGGGCAGCCACGGGGCACCUGCCGGAACACGAGUGACACUGGGGCCCGGACUGCAGUCCUUGGAACGCGAGUUGCAGGUGCCUCUGGGCAGCCCAAUCACAGUGGAGGUGGAAGGACACGGCGAAGGGACCCUGACAGUCCUGCGGCAGUUUCGCCUCCUGUCCCCCCUCAACGGCACCUGCCAGGGGCUGCACCUGGAGGUUGCCCUGACUGGACCAAUCAUUUACGAGGAGGAGGACUAUGAGGACUACGAGGAGGAGGUGCAGCCAGACGAGGAGACGGAUCCUGCGGAGGGGGCGGAGCCAGGCGACGAGGCGGAGCCUGAGGAGGGGGCGGAACCAGGAGAGGGGGCGGGGCCUGUGGAGGGCACCACCCGCCCGAGAGUCCCCUCGGAGCACGGGGCGUCGCGGCGGCGCCGGAGCGGCCGUGACGCCGAGCGGGAGGCGGCGUUCGUGGUGUGCAUGUGGCGAGAGCUGGGCCUGCAGCUCUCUGGAAUGGCCGUGCUGGAGCUGACGCUGCUCAGCGGGUUCCGGCCCCGGGCUACGGACCUUGACAAGAUGCGGGAUGUGGUCGAUCGCUGGAUCAGCCACUACGAGCUCAGCGGGACGCGGCUUGUGAUCUACCUUGACCAGGUACCCGCGGAGCGUCAGUGUCUGAGCUUCGGGGCCACACAGGAAGUGGCCGUAGGGCAGCUCCAGCCGGCUUUGGCCGCCAUCUACGACUACUAUGAGCCGGGUCGGCGCUGCAGCGUCUUCUACAGCGCCCCCCGCAGGAGCAACGCGGUCCCCACGCUCUGCUCCGACCAGAGCUGCCUCUGUGCGCACGGUGAGUGCCCACGGCUCCGCCAGGGGGCGCUGUCACUGCAGGAGCGCCUCGACUUCGCCUGUUACAGCCCCCGCGUGGAUUACGCUCUGGUGAUUCAGGCACUGUCCCAGAGUGAGGCUGGGCCCUUUUUGGCCUUUGAGGUCGAAAUUUUGGAGGUUCUGCUGGGAGAGGCUGCCCUGCAGGGGCAGGGCCAGGUGCUGUGGAGGGGCAGCUGCCCCCUGAGGCUCCAUCCCCGACGGCAGUACCUGCUGAUGGGGGAGGGGAUGGUGUUGGAUGCCCAUAGACGGCCGCGCCUCCUGGCCGGGCCCCGCUCGUGGGUGGAGCCGAUCCCGCCCCGCUCCCGCUGCGGCGCCGCCGCCGCCUGUCGCCCCCUGCUGGACUUCAUCGGCACCCUGCGCCCCCACGGCUGCCCCUUCUGACGCGCCGGGGCAACUGGCGGCACUGGGGCGGUGCUGGGAUUAUACUGGGAGUGGCUGAGGCCACACUGGGGACAAGUGGGAUAUACUGGGAGCAACUGGAACUGGGAGCUCAGAGUGACUGAGAGUGACUGGAGUAACUCUGGGAGCAUUUUGAGGGACUGGGAGCGCACUGGGGGCAACUGGGAGUGUGCCACGGUGAUACUGGGAAGAACUGGAAGCGACUGACACCACAUUGGGCAUGACUGGGAUAUACUGGGAGCAACUGGUAUCAUGUGGGGAGUAGCUGGAAACACGCUGGGGGUGACUGGGAGCGAUGAUUGUUCUGGGAGCAACUGGGAGGGACUGGAAUGACACCGUGAGGAACCAGGAUUCCAAUGGGAGUGACUGGGACCGUGCUGGGGGCAACUGGGAUACACCAGGAACCACACUCCUCCCAGCCAUAAAGCCAAAUUUAUGCUAAUGAGCCUCACGAUGUCUCUUCUUUCCCCGCGGC